AGUUCAUAGGAGAUAAUUUCAGUACAAAGGUUACUUAAGGACAACGAUCGCCAAAUUCUGUAAAAACACUCCACCCUUCCAGAACAAGCCAGACAUACAGAUAAACUCUCGGAUGCGAAGGAAUGGAUGAUGCCUCGUUUAAUUCAGCCCAGCACUUUGUACUGUGUACAAUUUGUGAUGGAAAUGCUGAAUUCCAUUGCAAUUCAUGCCAUGACGACCUUUGUCAAAUCUGCAAGAAAGGGCAUCUGAGAAGCAACGCCACCAAACUUCACGAGAUCGUAAGCUACACCAAAAAAGGAGAGGAGAAGGAUCCACCGGAGGAAGUAUACGAAUCCAAAGACGUUAAGAAAGAGACAACAUCUUUGACAAAAACAAGUCCAGCGAAUUCGGAUUCAAACACAAUAGACUCAGCAUCUGUACACGAAAAUGAAACGAUCAGUGAUGAAAAGAAAGAUUUAUCCCGUUCUUUAUUCUCAGGUGUAAGGCAGAAUGCUACGGAUGUUUCAUUAGCUCAGUGUGUCAUCCAAAACGAGAUCACAAAUACAUCAGCGACUUGUAAUACAGAAACGAACGAAGAGGGAACAUUUUCACCUCAAUGUGUUGUCGGAGCAACAGCUAUUUCAGAAGUUAUCGAAAAUAGUCCAGCUGUCGACAACCCAGAUCUAACGUCUGCACAGUGGCCUAUUCUCGACAAAUCUGAUGAAUCUUCCGACCUCGUCCCUUCAUUAACGUGGGAGGCAACUGUCCGUCUGCCAAACCACACUUCUAAGUCAGGAUGCCAUAUUUCGUGCGCAGGGUCAAAUACAAUGUGGAUAAGUGACAUGAGUGGUUCCCUUAUUCUACUGGAUUUCCAGGGAAACGUUCUUGAAAAUAUACAAACCAGAAGCGGUGCUGGUUUUCAUACUCUGGCACAAGAUGGGCUGCUUCUUUACACCGACAUGGAGAACAAAAGAAUUUUGAAAGUGCACUAUGAACAAAAGAUUUCAGGUGCAUUUAAAACAAGCCUACGUUUGAAGCCUUUCAAGAAAACGGGGGAUUGGACGCCACUUUGUAUAUGUUCCUCGCGCUAUACUGGCGACCUUCUUGUUGGGAUGGUAAAGGAGCAUCGAGCAAGGAUAAUGCGAUACGAUUCCAUGGGGAAAGAGAAGCAGGGAAUCGAAUUUGACAGUAAGAAUGAUGCCCUCUAUGGUCUUCCUCAGUUUGUGACAGAGAAUGCCAAUAUGGACGUAAUUACAUCAGACAGAACGGAACUGGUGGCGGUGGAUAUUACCGGCGGUAGGAGGUGGAUCUAUUCCGGCGCAGGUAAAACCGGAUCCGGAUUCCUUCCUGCUGGGAUAUGCUGUGAUAUGCUUCUGAACAUUGUUGUUUUUGAUGUGUUUAGCAACAAUGUUCACUUGGUGGACAAAGAUGGAAAUUUUCUGUCGCGUCUCUUGGUUCUAGGAAAUUCGUGGAUACCACAAGGACUGUGUUUUGAUGAAGAAAACCGUUUGUACUGUGGUGAUCGCUCAAAAAUUUUAAUAUACACAUAUGAACAUGUGUGAUUCGAAAUUUGUUUGUAACUAAACAAGGAAGAGGAUACAC